AGGUUGGAGUAGGUAUAGGUAUAACCUUCACAUCCUACAAAUGUUCAUUCUAGAUUUUAGCCGGUGUCCCAUUCUGUCAGGGAGAGAUUUUAUUAUUUAUAUGUAUCUCUAAUAUUUCAAUAAAAUACGUAGGAAAAGCUUGUUAAACUGUGUGAAGUGAAGAAUUUGUUGUAAAAAUAUACUUUUUUGCAAAACACUUCUAUAGGAAUUAAUAACAUACUUUAAUAAAGUGUAAGAGUUUAUUAUUAUUGAAAAUGGUAGUCAGGAAGUAUCAGGAAGAAUUAAAUUAUUUAGAGAAAAUAUCUGAUGUGUGUUGGAGAAUAAAGAAAGGUUUUCAGCCUAAUAUGAAGGUUGAAGGUGUAUUUUAUGUAAAUGAUACAUUAGAACGUUUAAUGUUUGAAGAACUACGUAAUGCAUGUAGGCCAGGUACAGUAGGUGGAUUUCUCCCAGGUAUGAAACAAAUUGCUAAUGUAGCUGCUCUUCCUGGAAUUGUUUGGAGAUCAGUUGGGUUGCCUGAUGUUCAUUCUGGAUAUGGUUUUGCCAUUGGUAACAUGGCAGCAUUUGACAUGAAUGACCCAAAAUCAAUAGUAUCACCUGGUGGAGUAGGUUUUGAUAUAAAUUGUGGUGUUCGUUUGUUGAGAACUAAUUUAUUUGAAGAGGAUGUUACACCAGUGAAAGAACAAUUGGCUCAAAGUAUGUUUGAUCAUAUUCCUGUUGGUGUUGGGUCAAAAGGAAUUAUUCCUAUGAAUGCACAUGAUUUGGAAGAAGCAUUAGAAAUGGGGAUGGACUGGUCUCUUAGAGAAGGCUAUAUCUGGGCUGAGGACAAGGAGCACUGUGAGGAGUAUGGUAGGAUGCUUAAUGCAGAUUCUUCAAAGGUAUCAAUGAGAGCCAAAAAACGUGGUCUUCCACAGUUAGGAACAUUAGGAGCAGGAAAUCAUUAUGCUGAAAUUCAAGUUGUAGAAGAAAUCUAUGAUAAGUGGGCUGCUUGUAAAAUGGGUAUCGAAGAGAAGGGUCAAAUUUGUGUUAUGAUUCAUUCUGGUAGCAGAGGAUUUGGGCAUCAAGUUGCAACUGAUGCACUUGUUCAGAUGGAAAAAGCUAUGAAAAGAGAUAAUAUUGAAACUAAUGAUAGGCAGUUAGCUUGUGCUCAUAUAAAAUCUAAAGAAGGUCAAGACUAUCUAAAAGCAAUGGCAGCAGCAGCAAAUUUUGCAUGGGUUAACAGAAGUUCUAUGACGUUUCUCAGUCGUCAGGCAUUUGCGAAACAGUUCCAAAUGUCUCCCGAUGAUUUAGAUAUGCAUGUUAUAUACGAUGUUUCUCAUAAUAUCGCGAAGAUAGAGGAACAUAUGGUAGAGGGUAAACAGAAAACCCUUCUAGUACACAGAAAGGGAUCUACAAGAGCAUUUCCACCUCAUCAUCCUUUGAUUCCGGUUGAUUAUCAAUUAACGGGUCAACCAGUUCUAAUCGGCGGUACUAUGGGAACUUGCAGCUACGUUCUUACCGGUACCGAACAGGGUAUGAAAGAGACAUUUGGAUCAACGUGUCAUGGAGCUGGGCGAGCUUUGUCUAGAGCUAAAUCACGUAGGAAUUUGGAUUACACGGACGUACUAGAAAAAUUAGAGCGACAAGGAAUAUCAAUUCGGGUUGCUUCGCCUAAAUUAGUGAUGGAAGAAGCACCCGAGUCUUAUAAAAAUGUAACCGAUGUUGUAAAUACAUGUCACGCGGCCGGUAUCUCUAAAAAAUGUAUAAAAUUACGACCAAUCGCGGUUAUCAAAGGAUAAUCACUUUUUCAGGAAAUAUUUCUGAAUUGUUAAUGAUGACUGAAUUGCUGCUUCGAUUUACAGCAUAACAUCACGUUUAUUUAUUAUUGAAUUUGUAUGAUUUGUUACAUAUAUUAAAUACUCUUUACUUUUUGUAAAUUAUGUAAAU